AUGGAUGGUCCUUUAUCACGAGGUCCUCCUCAGCGUUGGGCGAAGAAAACUGCGAAUGAGAAUAUAAAUCCUGGACUAAGCGCUUCGUUCAAGAAUCAUUCAAAUGUGAACAUAAGUGCUUGUAACUUAUCAAUGCAAAAGUUGUCUGUAUCCGGGAACCUAAGUUGUAAUAAUAGUGUCCUACUCUCAAGCAAUAAAACGCCAAUUCGAAAUGAUAACAAGAAAGGAAAGAAAACACCUUCGAAGACUAAAUCCCCCGGUCGCUCUACUACUCCAACUCCCAACAAAGCCUCAAAGACUCCAAAUAAAGCUGACAGGUUUAUACCAUCGAGGAGCAACUCCAACUAUGACUUGUGCCAUUAUAUGAUGAGCCGUGAUGAGGAUAAGAGUGAAGAAGCUGUUGCACAGACUGCUGCAUCAGAAGCAAUUGGACGAGCUCUCGCUGAUACAGAGCCUGGUCGACUGUUGCAAUAUACCUGCAAGGCACCUGCUGCUCCAGAAGGCUACCAAAACAGGCUUAGAGUUGUGUAUUCUCAGGCUAAAAUCCCAUCAUCAGUAAAGAAUACAACGAGGUACAUUCCACAAGCCCCUGAUAGAAUACUUGAUGCUCCUGAUAUUUUGGAUGAUUACUAUCUAAACCUCGUUGACUGGAGUUCGUCAAAUAUUCUGGCAGUGGCUCUGGGCAAUUCAGUGUACCUAUGGAACGCUGGAACGGGUCAGAUAGAACAGCUCUGUACUCUUGAAGGUUCAGAAACUGUAUGUUCAGUUCAAUGGGUACAAGGCGGCGGUUCGCAUUUAGCCAUUGGAACAUCGUCGGCCACUGUUGAGUUGUGGGACUGUGAAAAAAUUAAAAGAUUAAGGGUCAUGGACGGUCACACAGGGCGAGUGGGGUCCCUGGCGUGGAACAUGUACAUUGUGAGCAGCGGAGCUCGGGACGGGAACAUCGUGCACCACGACGUGCGGCAGCGGGACCAUGCCGUGGCCACCAUACACGCUCAUACGCAAGAGAUAUGUGGACUUAAAUGGUCACCAGAUGGCAAGUGCCUAGCAUCAGGUGGCAAUGACAAUUUGUUGAACAUUUGGCCGGUCGUACAGGGACAACACUACUCACAGCCACAGCACCUUUAUUCAUUCAAUCAACAUCUGGCAGCAGUGAAAGGUUUAGCUUGGUGUCCGUGGAGCGCUGGAAUAUUGGCGUCCGGCGGCGGCACGGCUGACAGGACGAUACGCAUUUGGAAUAUAAAGACUGGUGCUAAUCUGAAUACUGUUGAUACCAAGUCACAGGUAUGUUCGAUAGUGUGGAGCACGCACUACAAGGAGCUGAUCUCGGGGCACGGGUACGCCAACAACCAGCUGGUGAUCUGGAAGUACCCGGUGAUGUCGCGCGUGGCCGAGCUGAGCGGGCACAUGGCGCGCGUGCUGCACCUGGCGCUCUCGCCCGACGGCACCACCGUGCUGUCCGCCGGCGCCGACGAGACGCUCAGACUCUGGAAAUGCUUUAUGUUGGAUCCAUCAAAGAAGAAAGAACCUACCGAUUCGAAGGCAGCUAAAUCAUUACUUAAUCUAAACUCACUUAUAAGAUAA